GCAAGCCGCACCACAGACGCACUUCGUGCAGGAUCGCAGAUUGCCGACGUUAACCGCGCAUUCUGUCCUAAUGAAAAAUGCUUCAUUAUUUCGGUACAGCGGAAAAAUGUUUUGUGCCGUUCGCUUGCGAGCAGGCGCAGGGGACGCGUCGGUCAAAAGAAAACCCCGACUAAAGCCUUGGAAAGCCACUGUCGGUCCGGGAACAGUCUUUGAGGUGAGCCACGGAUGGCGACGGGUCGUCCUGGCUGCGGGUCCUAACGAGAGAGAUUCGUUCGAGGCGAUAGUUCUCUCGGAAGAGAAGAGAUCAACCGAAAUGUCAGCGAAAACAGAACCCGGCGCGGCUGCGGGCGAGCCGCUGGCCGAUAUUGAUGACAAAGAGCAAUACGUUUUCGAUGAGGAUGGGGUGGACAAACGUGCGGAUGAAAUCAAUGGGAACGAUGAGGUCCCAUCCAGAGAACCCGUCUCCGAGCCUUUCCCACUUACCCCGCUGUCAAGGCCGAAGACAUUCGUUUUGCCUUCGCAGUCACUGCAGCAUCAGCAAGUAGGGUCCUUGCUUUUCAGAGCUAGUAGCAGCAAUUAUUACACUUCUAUAGGCAUAUUUGCCAUUGCCCUGGCGGCCAUCACAUGCGUGUUCUUGAGAAAGAAGAGGAGCUCAGUGACAUCUACACCUGACACAUUCGAACGGAGCCCCACGCCCGGAUUUGAUGACUUAAACGUCGCCUCAACAGGACGUGCCGUACCGACAGGUGAUAAUUUCUUUUCUGCUGAAAUGCCGAUGUUUGCUGAGCCAACUAAUGGUUUCCCUGCACUUGCUAAGCCAAGACAAAUCUCUGGUGAGUUUAAACGCGUACUUCGCGAUAUGAUGGGAGAUUUGAGGCGGUAUUCCACUGUCGACCUUCAUGGGCGUAAUCUGGGAAACGAAGGAGCUGCGUAUGUCAGUGAAGCUCUUGCUUUUAAUGACAAUGCUACAUGCGUUGAUUUUAGUGCAAACGGGAUCGGUGACGUUGGCGUUGUUGCUAUUUGUGAAGCACUCAAAAGUAACCACGCCCUUGAAAUGCUGUCAUUAGCAAGCAACAAUCUUGGUGACAGCGCAACCAUACAGCUAGCAGAAUAUCUCAAAAUCGACAAAACUAUCACCACCCUCAACCUUAAUAGCAGCGGCAUCGGGGAUAAAGGAGCCGCUGCACUUGCUGACAUGCUCAAAGUAAAUACUACAUUAUCUGCACUUGAGCUCAAUAACAACUCUAUAGAUUACGAGGGCACGUGCUCGCUGGCAGAGGCGCUUGUAGAGAACUCAACUCUUGAAACGUUAAGCCUGAGUGGCAACUAUGUUGGCAGAAUGGGUGCUAGUGCCCUAGCAAACGGGCUAAAGAUGAACUCUGGGAUCAAAGGUUUGUUUCUGAAUGGGAAUGAUAUCGGUAACCUAGGAAUCCAGCCGCUGUGUCGGGCGUUGAGCGAACGUGACGCCAAGUUAACCGAUCUCGACGUGGGCAAUAAUGGAAUAGGUUUCGAGGCUGGAAAGUUCUUUGCUGACUACAUCAAACAAGACAGCGAUCUUACACACUUAAAUUUAUACAUGAACGAGUUGUGUGAUCUCGGAGCUACAGAAAUUGCAAAUGCACUAUCGGAUAACUGCGCCAUAGAAGUGCUAGACAUCGGCGGUAACAAUAUCCUUGACGCAGGAGCUAUGGCACUAGCUGAGGCAUUGAAGGUAAACAAAACCUUGAGGACACUGGAGCUUGGAUACAAUCCUAUCGGCGCUAGAGGAGCUCAGGCUAUGGCCGAAUCAGUAAAGUUUCACAGUAAAGUCACCACCCUGCGAAUGGGCUGGUGCAAAAUCACAAAAGAUGGGGCAUGGUACCUCGCAGAUGCCAUCAAAUAUAACGAGCAUAUCUGCACGCUGGACCUGCGGGGUAAUGAACUGGGUGACGAAGGCUGUACCGCACUUGCGCAAAGUCUCCAGGUCGUGAAUGAGAAUCUUAUUUCCCUGGAUCUGGGUUACAAUGAGAUAAAAGACAACGGUGCAUUCGCACUGGCCCAAGCGAUAAAAAGUAACGCAAACGGUGCCCUUCAGAGCAUCAGUGUAAAUAACAACUAUAUCACGAAGUUUGGAGAGGUAGCCUUGACUGAGGCAGUCGAGUUGGUUCAAGAAAUGAAUGACAGCCGUGAGCUCUACAUUCAGUUCUGAUAUACCCAGUGAAUCCUCCGUUUCUUUUCCCGAAGCCAGGAUUGUAAAGCCAAGUAAAAUAUUUAGUGUAUUGAAUUUACAGUAUCUUUCACACCUGUGUAUUGAUUCAAGAAUAUCUAUCUAUGAAAGAGUUCUCUGAGCGCCAAAGCUCGUCGGAACCUGGAUUCUUUAUUUAUGCAAGCCUGUUUGAUCAGCUGGGCACGGUGCGAGCUUCUUCAGCACUGCCAAGUAUCCCAUUUUUUUCUUUUACAGCAUCGAUGCUAUGCCCUCGUGUGGCAUUUUGUACAACCUGCCUUAACAUGAAGUUCUCUCUCUCGAGAGU